AUGUCGAAACACCUUUUCCAGUUUCUGGCUCACGGAUCUGUUUGCGAGGAAAACGCUCGUGCGAGACGUAUAAGACCGCCCCUUAUGGAUCAAGUAAACGUGUCACGCAACGAGACAGGCAACGCGACGGCCACAGACGAGGAUGAGUGGCCCCAAGUGGUCAUGUUUAAGCUGCGCACGGCGGUGCUCCUGCUUAUUGUCAUCAUGGCGGUGCUCGGCAAUCUGCUCGUUAUCGUCAGUGUCAUGAGGCACAGGAAACUCCGUGUCAUAACCAACUACUUCGUCGUGUCCCUCGCGUUCGCCGACAUUCUCGUCGCUAUGGUUGUGAUGCCCUUCAACUUCAGCGUGCAAUUCUACAACGAGUGGAUCUUCGGGACGGUUAUCUGCGACUUGUGGAACUCCUCCGAUGUCUACUUCACAUCGACCUCCAUUCUGCACCUCUGCUGCAUCUCCGUGGACCGAUAUUACGCCAUCGUUAAACCCCUGAAGUAUCCUAUAAAGAUGACGAAGAAGAUGGCGUUUGUCAUGCUGGCUGCGACGUGGCUGAGCCCUAUCACAAUUUCAUACGCGCCGAUAUUCAUGGGCUGGUAUACAACGAAGGAGUACAUCCAGACGCGGGAGCUGAACCAGUGCGAGUUUAAGGUCAACAAGCCGUAUGCUGUGAUCUCGAGUUCGAUUUCCUUCUGGAUACCCUGCACUAUCAUGAUAUUCACUUACCUAGCUAUAUUCAAAGAAGCGAACAGACAGGAGAAAGCUCUGCACGCGAGAGCGGGCAACGCAAUGCUGAUGCAUCGCCACUCGCGUGAGGUCGGCGACAAGAACGGCGCGCUCCACAUAAACGCUAAUACUCCAACCAAAGACAGGAACAUACUGAAGAUGAAACGCGAGCACAAAGCGGCGAGGACCCUGGGUAUCAUCAUGGGUGCCUUCAUACUCUGCUGGCUGCCGUUUUUCCUCUUUUAUGUGUCAACCUCGCUAUGCGACACGUGCGAGUACCCUGAGGUGGUCACCGUCAUAAUGUUCUGGACCGGCUAUUUUAAUUCGGCUCUCAAUCCGAUCAUAUACGCGUACUUCAAUCGCGACUUCCGCAAUGCGUUUAAGAACACGCUGGCGUGCGCUUUCUGCAGUUUUUGUCGGCGCAGCGCUUCUGACCUGGAUGCGAUGGAGCGGCUGGAGAGGCGAGGCUCCGCGCAGCUCAGGGUACCAGUGCCCUCGAGAAGAGCUUCUGACCUCGCGUCACUU